AACGAACACCAUAACCUGAAAUAACAAAAAGAGGGACGGUCAACAAGAAGCAGGACGGUGUAACAAAUGUUGGCAUUUCCAAAAAAGUUUGCUUGAUCCUGGCUGCGGUGUUCUGAAUUAGUUGAAGCUUGUGGAGACUUUUGCUGGGGGUCCCAAUGAGGAGGGUAUUGCAGUAGUCGAGCCUGGAGGAGAUGAAGGCGUGGACAAGAUUUUCAGCAUCAGAUACGGGAUACAACAGCUGUAUGAUACUUCCAGGAAGUGAAAACACACAGGUUUUGUCAAACAGAGCAAAGAUGGUGAGGUGUUUGAUUCUGCUCGCUGUGAUGGGUCAGUUCUCCUUCUUCUCAUGUCAUCUCCACGAGUAUCACCUUAUCAAAGAAGAGAAGACCUGGGAUGAAGCUCAGAACUACUGCAGAGACAAAUACACAGACCUGGCCACAGUGUGUGACGUGACAGACACGAGGAGACUCGGUGACUUAGUGACUACGCCAGCCUGGAUCGGGCUUCACAGCAUCCUAGGAAAAGACAACCGGAAGUGGCACUGGUCUCUGACGGAGAUGCCAGGGGUCGAGCCUGAUGAUAUCAGGAGUUAUUUUGGAGACGGAGAGCCAAAUCCUUUGGGCAAUAUUGAGAACUGUGUGGAAAUUACUGGAAACAAACUGAACGAUAUCCAGUGUAGUAAGACACAUGAAUUUAUUUGCUUCGACGAAAGAGAGGAACCCAGUGAAAGAUUACAAGUGAUCAACUUGAAAAUUAAGUGGACACAGGCUCAGAAGUACUGCAGAGAACACCACACUGACCUGCUCAGCGGACUCGAUCAGUUACAAGAAUUCAAAAUGCAAUCAAUUGAGAAUAAAUACAUGUGGAUCGGCCUGUUCAGAGACACCUGGAGCUGGUCAAAUGGGAGCAAGUCCUCUUUCAGAAACUGGGGUCAGGGGUUGUUUAAGGAUGGACACGACAAAAAGGAAUGUGCGACCGUGUUGAACAGCCUUGGUGAAUGGGGCUCUGAUGAUUGCAAUGAGAAAAAACCCUUCUUCUGCUACGAUGACUCAGCAGCUGAUAUGUCAUCAGGUGAACUAUCUCCCCACAACUCCCCCCAACCCAAUGAUCAAGAAGAUAAAGUGGUCUUAGUCACACAAGAGCUGACCUGGGAGGAGGCCUUAAACUACUGCAGAGAGCACCACCGUGACCUGGUCUCCAUCACUAACCCCCAACAGCAGAAAUGGGUCCAAGCCAGGGCCAAGAGUGCCUUAAGCAACUAUGUCUGGCUUGGACUGCCUAACACCUGCACCAUGGGUCUGGUCUGCUACGAAAACUGGAAAACCCCAGAUGACGGGAAAGACCUAUGUGGCAAUGCUGUAGCCAUGGAGAAAAAUGGAGAACAUAAAAUUAUCUCCCUGUGUGUUAAAGGCCCAAUCUCGAUGCCUUUUUGAGCCCUUCAUGACCCCUUUCUGUAAGUUGGCAUUUUUGCAGCCUUAGCUAAGGGAAUUACCCAGAGUUCAUAGCAUUGUGAUGUUAAACAAGGGAUUCCCAGGGGAAGUCUGCGAGCAUGGAAGGGUAAACGAACACCAUGACCUGAAAUAACAAAAAGAGGGACGGUCAACAAGAAGCAGGACGGUGUAACAAAUGUUGGCAUUUCCAAAAAAGUUUGCUUGAUCCUGGCUGCGGUGUUCUGAAUUAGUUGGAGCUUGUGGAGACUUUUGCUGGGGGUCCCAAUGAGGAGGGUAUUGCAGUAGUCGAGCCUGGAGGAGAUGAAGGCGUGGACAAGAUUUUCAGCAUCAGAUACGUAUUCAAAUGACCUCCCUCAUCACGGAUGAGGGUGUCUUUCUGAUCAAUGCUUCCUCCUGACGGCGAUGAAGGCUGAGACUUCAGGUGAAAAAAUGAUUUGAAUAUUGGCUCUGAGGUGGUUUGGUGUGUUUAAAGGGAAGUUGUUUUUCUUAGAGAACAGUCAGAACAUCAGAACAUCCAGGAGGGAGGUCAGGAAAAGAGACGAACACUUCACAUGGAUACAACAGCUGUAUGAUACUUCCAGGAAGUGAAAACAGACAGGCUUACUUUGAUUUCAGUUUUGUCAAACAGAGCAAAGAUGGAGAGGUGUUUGAUUCUGCUCGCUGUGAUGGGUCAGUUCUCCUUCUUCUCAUGUCAUCUCUACGAGUAUCACCUUAUCAAAAAAAAGAAGACCUGGGAUGACGCUCAGAACUACUGCAGAGACAAAUACACAGACCUGGCCACAGUGUGUGACGUGACAGACACGAGGAGACUCGGUGACUUAGUGACUACGCCAGCCUGGAUCGGGCUUCACAGCAUCCCAGGAAGAGAAAACCGGAAGUGGCACUGGUCUCUGCCGGAGAUGCCAGGGGUCGAGCCUGAUGAUAUCAGGAGUUAUUUUGGAGACAGAGAGCCAAAUGAUUCGGGAAGUGAUAAGAACUGUGUGGAAAUUACUGGAAACAAACUGAAUGAUUUCAAGUGUGAUAAGAAACGUGAAUUUAUUUGCUUCAACGCAUCCACAGAAACGGAGGAACCCAGUGAAAGAUUCCAAGUGAUCAACAAGAGAAUGAAGUGGACACAGGCUCAGAAGUACUGCAGAGAACACCACACUGACCUGCUCAGCGGACUCGAUCAGUUUAAAGAAAUCGAAAAUAAAUCAUUUAGUCAUGAAAGCAUGUGGAUCGGCCUGUUCAGAGACACCUGGAGAUGGUCAGAUGGGAGCAAGUCCUCUUUCAGAAACUGGGGUCAGGGGUUGUUUAAGCAUAGACACGACAAAAAGGAAUGUGCGACCGUGUUGAACAGGCUUGGUGAAUGGGGCUCUGAUGAUUGCAAUAAGAGAAAACCCUUCUUCUGCUACGAUGGUGAGUUCGACAAAGGUCUGUCUUCACUGUUUU